ACCAAGUAAUGUGUGUGAUAUUUCUCCGACAUCCCAUGGCCGGAUUCUGGCGGCAGAGGCGGCGUUGCUUAGAGCUGAGUGCGGGGAUCCAGGCAUAAGAUAUGGGG